AUGUCACUUUUAUCACCUUCAUCUAUAUUGAAACUAAUCCUACUAUAUUUAAUAUGUUUUAUAAAUCCAAGUGUAUCAACAUUUAUUAAAUCUCAUUCUUGUGAAUUAAAACAGCAACAAUCAAAAUUACAACCAUUUAUUAUUGAUGUUGCAAUAGAUACAAAUCAAAAGAAAUUGAAAUUUUUUAUAAAUACUCAAGUAUCAUUAUAUAAUGGAUUUGAUACUGAUCGACAUCCUGCAAUAACUAAUUAUAAUAGUUCAACUGAUAAAUAUACUUCACUUCAUAUAGAUAUAAAUUUUAUGGGGAAACAAUUUAUAAAUGAGACUAAAAGAUUUUGUGAUAUGGUAUCUGUUAAAAAUACAACAAGUUUUCUACAAAGUCCAAGAUUUAAUAAUAGUUAUAGUAAUUUUGAUAAGACCGGUUAUAAUUUAACGGAUAUCAACAAUGGUCAAGAUUUCGAUCAGGACAAACAAAGUUCGACUACAAAAAAGAAUUCACAUCGUCAUGAAGAAAUUCAUUCAGGAAUUUCAUUUAAUAAUAAUUCAUUAAUUGACAGAAUGAAUAGAACUUCAUUAGGCUCAACUGAUAGUACAAUUACAGAAUUAUUUUCAAAUUCAACAGGUAAUUUAGUACAAUGUCCUUUAUAUUAUAAUGAUUCAAUAAUGAUUUAUUAUGAAGCAGAUAUAAGUGAACAUUUUCAUAGAAUUGGAUCGUAUCAGAUCAAAUUCACUGUUUUAAAUAAUGAUGCUCAUUCUUCAUGUAUUGCAUGUUCAAAUACUUAUGUAACUCCAAUUCAACCGGCUUUUAUCAAUGAUACAAUAACUUUAGGUGUUUUAAUUCUUGUAUGUGUUGCAAUUGUUGUUAAUAUUUUCACUGUAUCAUUUUCAUCAUAUCAAGAAUCAACAAAUCCUUAUUUAUUUAAAGCUUCAACAAUAUGUAAUGAAAAACUUCUAAAUCAAAUUGAUGCAAGUGUACCAGAUAUUUUAAUGUAUUUACAAUAUGCUUUAUUUUUAGGUGGAUUAGAUUUAUUAUAUCCAGGUUUUUAUCAACCAAUGUUGGGACAAAUUAAAUGGUGUGCAUUAUUAACUUCUUCAAUGUUUGGUAAAUCAAGUAGUUGGGAUAGUGAAGAUGAAGAUAAUGUUUAUGUAACAUUAUCUGGUGGUGGAUUAUCAAGUUUAACAAUGGUAGAUAAUAAUAAUCCUAUUGUUAAUAAUUGGCCAAAUUUUAUGGCACUUUUACUAAUGGUGAUUGUAUUAAUGAUAGUUGCAAAACAAAUAUUUAUUGGAAUAAAAUUAUUAUUUGAUAAAAUUAUUGAAAAAGCUUAUAAAAAAAUUGUUAAAAAUAAUUCAUCAUUUGAAUUUUGGUCUAAAAAAAAUUUAUAUUUGAUUAUUGGUCAAGUUUUACAAAUUUGGUUAAUUGUUUUUGGAAUGCCAUUUUUAAUUUUAAGUUCUUUUUUAUUUUUAUCUGCAAAUGAUAUAAAUGGUAAACAUAGAUCAUUAUCUAAUUUUCAUCAGUUAAAAAAAGGAGCAUUUUCAUUUACUACACCAUAUAAUGAAUUAAUUGUUCCACAACAAGUAUUUACAUUUGGUUUAAGAACUUCUUCAUUAGAAGGGUUUCAUCGAGCUCCAAUACCGAAAACUCCUAUCUCGGAAGGAGGUUCCAAUAUUGCAAAAAAAUUUGAUUCUGAUAGUUGGUUAACAACAUUAAAAUCACCUCAAAUACCAUUCAAUUCAACUUUCAAUUCUUCAAUUAUUAAUCCUUCACUUUAUUCAAAUAUUACAAAUACAGCAACAACAUCAUCAACAACACCUAGAAAUUCUGAUCAUGAUUAUAUGAAUAUAUCAAAUGCAAGUUUAGCAUUAUCAUCAAUAUUAUUUUCAUGUUGGGUUAUAUUUUUAAUAUUUUUUAUAUUCCAUUAUUUAUUAUCAUUUUCCAAAAAAAUCAAAAUAAAAAAUUCUUCAAAUAUUAAUAAAUUAUAUACAAAUUUAAAAACUAUAUUAAUGUGGUCAUUUUUGUAUUAUGAAUAUAAACCUCAAAGAGUUAAAUGUGUUAUAAUUUCAAUAAGUAUAUUAUUUUCAAAUUCAAUGGUUAUUGGAUUAUUACAAAAUCAUGGAUUAAUUCAAGUUAUAUUAUUAAUUAUAAUUUCAAUAAUUGAUUUAUUUCAAUUAUUCGUUUUAAAACCUUAUUUUGUUCCAAUAAAAUUUUGGUCAACAAAAUUUAUAUUUCCCGUUGCUAAAUUUUUAUGUAUUAUAUUAUGUAUUGGAUUUUUAAGAGAAGUUGAUGCAACUGAAGCUGUUAGAACUAUAAUUGCUUAUAUUCAUUUAUUAAUUCAUGUUAUUGUUGCAUUUGUAUUUAUUUUUCAAUUAACUUAUUGGUUUUUUAGAACUUGUAUGGAAAUUUAUAAAUCUUAUAAAUCAAAUAAGGAAGCGAAUUUAAUAAAUCAAUUAAGUGAGAUUAAUUCAAUAGAUGAAUUUGAAAGACAAUUUGAAUAUAAAGCAGUAAAUAAUUUGAGAAAUAAUAAUGAAAGAAGAGUUAGUGGAUUAUUUUCACUGGAUGAAAAAAGUAUUGAUGAAUCUUUAAAUAAUCAAGAAACUUAUUCAAUGGAUGGAGUAGAUGAAGAAUUUUUAUUUAGAAGAGGACCACAAAGAUUAGGAGAACCCGAAAAUAACAACAACAACAAUAUAAAUUCUGAUGAAAUUAUAUCUAUAACAGAAUCUCAAAGUUCAUUUUUAAGAUUACAACAUGAAUCAAAUUUAAGAAAAUUAAAUAAUAAUUAUAAAAUUAGAGAAGUUGAUCAAAUUUAUGAAAAAUAUUUUAUGGAUGAUAAAAUUGAUCCUGAAGUUAAAGAAUUAUGGGAAAGUAGAAAAUUUGGUACAAAUAAUAAUAGUCAUAGUAAUAACAAGCAGCAGAAUUUAAAUAACGGGAAUAAAAAUCUUCAAACUUCUCCUGCAUUUGGUCAAAAUUGUACUACAACUACAACAUCUCCAAUCUCAUUAUCAAAAUUAAGAAAUGUAGCAAAUAGCGUUAAUUUCAAGCAUAAUAAACAACAACAACAAUCUAGAAAAGAAACUGGUUUUCAAGUAUCUAGACCAAGACAAUUAAUAGUUAAAACAAUUGAAGAAAUUCAACAAGAACAAUUACAAAAACAAAUUGAAUUAGAAACAAGGUUAAAAAAUAUGGAAAAAACUGAAGUUGAAGAAACUGGAACAUUUCAUGUAGUUAAUCAUGAUAGUAAUGAUGAUGAUAAUAAUGUUGAUGAUAGUAUCAACGAUGAAGAAAAACAAACAGAAGAUCAUCAACAUUAUACUACAAUUACUACUUCAUCAUCUUGUUCUUUGACUUCAAAUUUGGAAAGUAAUUCAACAUCAAAUGAUAGUUCAAUGGAGAAAUAA